UGAGAACCUAGGAGUGGGCAUUUCACUUUUCCUGCGUCGGGGGAACUCCCUGAGGCCUUGACCUUUGACCUUUGACCUGUGUGCAGCCUCUGCUACUGCAGAUAUGGAGGACAUGAAUAAAAGAGACCAGCCAUUCAUGAUGAUUGAGAAAAAUGAUAGCCCAGACAAUCUGAUGUUCCAUUUGAAAAAUGGAAUGAGAAGUACCAAGUAUAAACCAGUAGACUAUCAACAAUUGCAUGCAUUGACUGAAGCAAAAAAAUUAGCUUCUGCCUCUACAGAGCUAAAGAUCCGAAAAGCAGUGCAGACUUCAAAAGCAUCUAAAGAGCAGACACUAAUAAAACAACACAAGCAAGUGUGGUGGCAGGAACACCAAAGGCUAAAUGACGUCAGGUAUAAAAUGGAAUCUGAAAUAAAAUCCUUUCUCAAUGAAGAGAACAUUGGAAAUGAAUGUCUUACUGACCUUACAAAUUUUGAACAAGAGUUAUCAGAACAAUGGUGCGUGUAUCUUAAAAAUGUGAUAAAUCCUAUUCAGCAGUUGAGAGCAGAUCUGAAAUACAGACAGCAUCACAUUUCCAAGCAUUCAUACUCACAUACUGAGUUUAACUCAGUGAAAGUACUGGAAGAGGUUGACUUUGUGAAGACACAAUUGAAAGCUGUCUUUGAAAGACUUAGCCUGGAGCAACAGAAAAUAGAAAACUAUCUUUCAGACUGGAGUAUGAAAAUACUAGAUCAUUCUUCAGAAGAAAGAUGUAACCUGCUUAGUGAAGUGCCCAUGGAAUUAGAAACCUUGGAAUGCCCAUACCCUGAUUUAAAAUCUUCAGUUCUUAAUGAGUUCUAUAACUUUACAGAGAAAUAUCAAAAGAAACUUCAAGAUGUUGAUCUGCAGUUAGAAGACAUAGCUAGAAAUUUCCACUUAAGUGAAGAAGACCAAUGGAUUUACCAGGCUGUUCUGGAUCAGUAUCCUGCAGAUCUCUGUGGUAGAAGGACUCUGUAUCUCAACAUGUUACAAAGAUAUUUUCCUCACAAAUCUAGGCAUGAUUUGGUGGAACAUGAGAAAUAUUGUGAUCAGUAUCACUUUGCUAGGGAGCAGCGAAGGAUCCUGAUAUCAAAUUGGAAUAAGAACAGGAGAGACUUUAUGAAGAAGGCCAUACUGACACUUGCUGAGGCCUGUGCAGCACAUGCCAUGGAGGGCACGUUGGCAAAGGAUAGGAGAAAGCAACAGGAACUGUGUGCUCAUCUGAAAGCCAAGGUUCUUCAAUGGCGAGCCCAUCAGGAAGAAGUAGCAAGACUGGAAAUGGAAAUUUCUGCCAGAAGAAGAGAAAAGGAGAAGGAGAGAGAGAAGCUAUGGAAGAAGAAGGAAUUGUUUCAAAGAGCAGAGAAGAAAAAGAAAAUAAGAAAAUAUUGGGCUAAAAAAGAACAGAAGUGGCAAGAAGUGGAAAUGAGAGAUCUUCAGCGUCUAGAAGAACUGAAGAAAUUAAUGGCUGAACAGUCAGUAAAAGACAGAGAAAGGGUUAAAUAUAGACAAGAAUUACUGGAAAAGCGUUUGCUGGAGAAAAAAGCAGUGGCCCUCCAAGAAGCUCAUGAAGAAGGCGAGAGAGAGAGGCGACUAGAAGCCCUUAGGAAACAGGUUGCUAUUGUUGCUCAAUUUGAUCCUGUUAGAAUGAUGUCAGACACAAUGGCAUCAAAAGCAAGAAUGGGUAUUGGAACUGAAGAAGAAUUUAUUCUUCAAAAGCCACUCUUUACAUUGAAUACAUACAAUGAAUACCAGAUAAUUUCUGACCCUAGACUCCGUUUUGAGUUAGCAGUUCGAGAAGCUGGACUUCAUAAAACAUUUUAUGCCAGAGAGAUAUUACCAAAAAUCAGUCCUCAAAAACCUCCAAGAAAGGACAUGGAGUCUACUGUAUUUAAAAUCUAGAGUUCUUCUGUAAAUCCUAAUAUAUGGAAACAAGAUUUUUCUUUGAAUACAUUUAUAUAGAUAACAAUUACUACUUUCCAAAAAUUUUUAAAAUAUCAGACAUAGAAAUCAAAGCAUUCAUUAACACAACUUUGUCUUUUAUGACUCUUAGCAUUUCAUGCACUAUUUCCUAUAUCUUUGUUAUGUCUGAUACUACUGAAUUCAGCAAGACUAUGGAACAUAAUUAUAAUGCAUAUGAUACAUAUAUUAUUCAGUAAGCUGCAUAUUGGAGAUUGCAUUAUCCCAUGAAAAGACCUUAAAAUAACCAUUUUCAGGAAUUACAAUUUAUGUUGCUACUACCUGCUAAGGGUCAUUUCUGCUUGUUAUUUCAGAAUUUGACUUUUUAAUUAUGGAAGCUCCAUUAUCAUUAAUACUUCUAUUUCUUGAUUAUUAUAAGAGGAGACUCAACCUUUUUCUAAAUUUAGAAACCAAUUUGGUGUACCAUGUUUACUGCAAACCAAUCAUCCAAACAAUUUCAUUUUGCAAAUUAGCCUUUAAAAAUAAAUUAGAAAUUAGGAACAGCACUUCAAGCAUGGGAAUAUCUGUUUGGGCUUAGAAAAAAAAUGUAUUUGUGUGGUUGUUUAGAAAGAAUAUUUUACAAUUUAUAAUAUUUCAAAUGUUAUCAAAAAUUCCAAAUUAUUUAAUAUCUAGAUGGUUUUAUACAUAAAGAGCAUUUCAAAUAAAUAUCAACCAUAUAUGUCUACUUUAAAAACUUGAUUAAUCAGAAUCACAAGUCAGUGUUGUGGGAAGUUGCCAUUAUUACUGUUAAGACUACCUCCCCUCCCCUUCUUUUUCUUUCUAUUGCAACUUCCUGCCAUUUCCUCCCUACAUCUAUCCCAGAAUUGCUGUUAUUGGAGUAAUGCAAAAAAAAAAUGACAAAGACCAGUCUGACUGGUGGAAUAUUAGGUUUCAUGAUUAUUCCCAACAUGAUGGGAAUAAAUAAUGCAGCAAGCCCAGCUCAUCAGAAUAAACCUUCACAAGAGAUUCUAUGGACAAAA